AUUUAAUUAAUUAAAACCUAAAUCAAUUUCACUUUCAAAUAAACGCCACAUUUUCCAUUCAAAAUAUAUACAUACAUUAUACAUACAUACAUUUUUCUCUCUGUUUGUGAAAUCUAAAAAAAAAAAGUGAAAAGAAAGGAAAAGAAAUGGAAGAAGAAGAAGAAUUACUGAAGCGAUUUACUGACUGUGUUUAUUUCUUAGCUUCUCCCCUCACUUGCAAGAAGGGAAUUCUAUGUGAAUACCGGCACAGCGAGAUCGCACGGCUGAACCCUAGAGAUUGCUGGUUUUGGUUGGGAGGGUGCUGUUUUCAUCCUGAAUGUGCUUUUAGACAUCCUCCACUAGAAGGACUCAAAGAAGCCUAUCAUGAAUCUUUUAAAUCCAAUAAGGGUCUUGCUUUACCUGUGGAAAAGACAAAAGUUCCUUGUUACUUUUAUUCAAAGGGGUUUUGUAGUAAAGGCGAACAAUGCUCAUUUCUGCAUGGACUUCCUGAUGGUUUGAAACUGGCUAAAGCUUGGUCCACAGUAAACAAUGCAGAUCCCCCUGAUCAGAAGCUAUCUGCCAGAAGUAACAUAGGAUCAACACCUGUAGAGAAUCAUCCCAAUCUAUCUGAAACUGCACAAGUUGCACAAACUCAACAGUUAAGUUCUGGUGCACAAGUUGCACAAACUCAACAAUUAAGUUCUGGAUCAGCUGAGAUAAUUGGAUCUUUAGAAGAAAAUGUUGUUAGCUCAGACUCAUUGGUUCCUCCGGAAGACAUUGUCCUUAGUGAGUCUGAUUUUUGUAAUAGUCAGGACUCAGAUCAGCAAGCAGAUGCUUAUGUAGAAGAGGAAGGGUGGUUGGAAGCUUCACCAGGUUUUGAUGUUCUUGUUGAGGGUAAACCAGAAAGGUUAGUUUAUGAAGAAGAUCAGGGUGGCUAUUUUUCUGUCCAUUAUGACGAACGCAAAGAGCUCGACGCUCUUUAUGCAGACCCUAUUGAGUAUAAUUCACCUAUAGAAAAGAGAGAUGACCCACUUAAAGAAGAGAGGUAUGAUCCACUUGAAGUAAAGAAGUUUGAUCAACCCAAAGAGAAGAGGUAUGAUCCACUUAAAGAAAAGAGGUAUGCUGUAUUUGAUCGUUUGAAGGAAAAAAUUUCUGGGCAAUCAAGGGGGCACAUCUUUUAUCGACUUUCUUUCCAGAAAAGAAAUGCACACAUGGAACCAAUUUUUAAUAACCGAAGAAGAGGUUCUGAUCUUCGCGAUCAUCUGAAGAGACACGAGGUUGUUGACUUUAAGAGGUAUGGCUUUGAUCAGAAAAUUAGGAGAUACCCUCAAAGGCAUUUGUCGCGCUGUGAGAUUGACUUUGACCAGAGAAUUAGGAGAUAUUCUCACAGGCAUGUAUUUCGUGGUGAGAAUAACUUUGACCAUAGAGGUAGAUUAUGGAAGACUGUUCCUGUGAAUGCAUACUGGCAACCUUUCAAGAAGCCCAGAUUCCUCUAUUCAGAAGUAGCAAGGUCAAGAAAGCCAGCUCUGCAACCAAGGAGAUCUAGGGAGGAAUCUGCUAUUUUUACAGGGCCCAAGACCCUUGACCAAAUCAAAGAAGAAAAGAUGAAAGCAGUGCACAAAAGAGAUUUAGGGUCAUCUACCCGAACUGGAUCAGAUGGCUUUCAGGGUCCUAGACCUCUGAGUGAGAUUCUCAAGGACAAAAGGAAGCUCGGUUAGCAGAUUAACUAGAAAAUAUGUUUGUUGAAGUUUCAUUUGAGAAUACCGUUGCUGAAGUAAAAUUUUACCAUAUGCGCAAUUAAUCAGACUAAGUGUGGAUGAGCUCGUCUUGCUGUACAGUGCUGGUCAUUAGUUUUUAAAUCUUAGGUUCUAGUUGUUGUGAUGAGAAAACCAAGGUCUCCUAGAAGUUUCAUUUUUUUUGUUGUUAAAACACCAUUUUGCUCCUGCAAAAGGUUUUACAUACUCUGAUCUAGGCUGUUGGCUUUUUGUGUCGAGGCUUUCACCCUCAUGGUGAAUUGAUGUGACUUGCGAGUUGAGUUCUAUAUGUUAGCAUUACAUCCAGUUUACCCCUUCCAAAUUUGGUUUUAUGGAUUAAAUCACAGUCCCUAAAAA